UCAGCCGAGAGCAGAGCGGAUAGCACCGGCCCGAGCGGAGCACCGCGCGUCCUCACCCGCGAGGCCAGACUUCUGACUGCGUCAGUGUGAGAGCCAGUGUUCCGGGUGGUGGUCCCUGGGCCAUGGAGGCACCUCUGCAGACGGAGAUGGUGGAGUUGGUACCCAACGGCAAACACUUGGAGGGGCUACUCCCUGUCGCCACCCCCACGGCUGGCAACCAGAGGGUCGAGGGCCCCGGACGGAGCUGUGUUGAGGGCGAAGGCUUCCUACCAAAAAGUCCCAGCAAGGAGCCACACUUCACCGAUUUCGAGGGGAAGACAUCGUUCGGGAUGUCAGUGUUCAACCUCAGUAACGCCAUCAUGGGCAGUGGCAUCCUGGGGCUCGCCUACGCCAUGGCCAACACGGGCAUCAUCCUUUUCCUGUUCCUGUUGACGGCCGUCGCCUUGCUCUCCAGCUACUCCAUCCACCUGCUACUCAAGUCCUCAGGGAUCGUGGGCAUCCGUGCCUAUGAGCAGCUGGGCUACCGUGCCUUUGGGACCCCAGGAAAGCUGGCGGCAGCCCUGGCCAUUGUGCUGCAGAACAUCGGAGCCAUGUCCAGCUACCUGUACAUCAUCAAGUCCGAGCUGCCCCUUGUCAUACAGACCUUCCUGAACCUGGAGGAGCGGACCUCGGCCUGGUACAUGAAUGGAAACUACCUGGUGGUCCUGGUUUCUGUCAUCGUCAUUCUGCCUCUGGCACUGAUGCGGCAGCUUGGCUACCUAGGCUACUCCAGUGGCUUCUCUCUCAGCUGCAUGGUGUUCUUCCUAAUUGCAGUCAUCUACAAAAAGUUCCACGUGCCCUGCCCGCUGUCCCCCAGUUUAGGCAACAUGACAGGCAACUUCAGCCUCGUGGAGGUCAUCAAGGAAGAGGCAGGGCUGCAGGUUGAGACGGAGGCCGCAGCCUUCUGCACCCCGAGCUACUUCACCCUCAACACACAGGUUGCAACAGACCAGGGAGGGGGCAGUGGGCCUGGUGAGAGAGUCAGGGGCUGUUCUGACACAGAAUCCCUGUUUUGCCAGACGGCAUACACGAUCCCCAUCAUGGCUUUCGCCUUUGUCUGCCACCCUGAGGUGCUGCCCAUCUAUACAGAGCUCAAGGACCCCUCCAAGAGGAAGAUGCAGCACAUCUCCAACCUGUCCAUCGCCGUCAUGUAUGUCAUGUACUUCCUGGCCGCCCUCUUCGGCUACCUCACCUUCUACGACAGGGUGGAGUCGGAGCUGCUGCACACCUACAACAAGGUGGACCCGUUUGAUGUGCUGAUCCUGUGUGUGCGCGUGGCCGUGCUCACGGCAGUCACGCUCACAGUGCCAAUUGUUCUGUUUCCGGUGCGCCGCGCCCUCCAGCAGAUGCUGUUUCAGGACCGCGAGUUCAGCUGGUUGCGGCAUGUGCUCAUUGCUGUUGGCCUGCUCACUUGUAUCAACCUGCUGGUCAUCUUUGCCCCCAACAUCCUGGGCAUCUUCGGGGUCAUCGGUGCCACAUCUGCCCCAUGCCUCAUCUUCAUCUUCCCUGCCAUCUUCUACUUUCGCAUCAUGCCCACAGAGAAGGAACCUGCAAGAUCUACCCCCAAAAUCCUGGCCCUUUGUUUUGCUGCACUUGGCCUCUUGCUGAUGACCAUGAGCUUGAGCUUCAUCAUUAUUGACUGGAUCUCGGGGACCAGUCGGCAUGGAGGAAGCCACUAGGAUGACCCCCAUCCUGUUCUGUCUACUCGUCCUCCUACCCCUGCCCAGACUCUUCAGCCCCUGCUCCCAUCCAGUGGCCAGUUGGAGGGGGAAGAGAAAGACGUGGUGAACACUAUGGCAUUUGGCCCUGCCCCAUGUCCUCUCUGUCGAAGUUUUUGUUAGAGCCAGGACCAAGGCCCCUGGGCCACUACCCUGCUGAGCUCCUGGCCUACAGGGGCUUCCUGAGCUGGGAGCAGGGUGGGGCUGUACCCCUGCUCCCUUCCUGCUGCCUCAGGUCCCACCCAAGCCCCUUAUUCUCUUUGCACAGGUGCAUAGACUGAGGCCCAGCAGCUGCCCCCUAAGGUCACACAGCCUGUAGGGGCACAAAGAGCUGAAUUCGGCCUGCAGUCAUCCCCCCACCUUGCUUCUGGGGCCAUGGUCUGCACCCUGGGGCUUCAUCUCCCUCAGCCCGCUUGCCUUUCCUCCUUCUGUCACCUAGGCCCCUUUCGUAGGCUCAGGCCUUCGGAUAAUCUGGUCCUCUUUCCCAUCCCCUCCACCAGGAGCAGAACCCCCUUACCCUAUGCUUGAGGGUGAGGCUGGUGUGGACACCCCAAGGGACCCCUUCCCUGGUCUUUCACCAGUCCUGGGGAGGCUGGGACUCCCCCCACCCCAAACCCAGGCCAUAGCUCACAUUCCACUGCUGGGAGAAGAAAGAAGCUGGGGCCCAGAACGUGUCUGCCCCUGGGAGCCAGAGACCCCAGGGGCCAGUCUGGGGCAGGAGUGGAGAGGCUGGCAGCCUCCUUUUAUAAAUAUAAUACAUAAUACCA